UCCGGGAAAUGGCAUGCUGAAGUUUGUGACAAAAAUGUUUGAAUUUCGAGAUUUACCUCCUAAAUUUAUGGCCUGUGCUGCGUGUGCUGCAGCAACAGGGGUUGGAGUCGUGUUGUAUAAAACAUUAAGGCCAAAGUUUAGCAUCAAGGUGAAUUGUUGGUUCUGUAACAAAGACUCUAUCGUACCCUAUGGCAAUAGAAACUGCUGGGAUUGCAUAUACUGUGACCAGUACAAUGGAUUCAGAGAGGAUGGUGAUUACAACAAACCAAUCCCGUCACAGUACACAGAGGAAUUCAACCACCCAAUCUCAGCCGUGCAGCAGGAAAACCAGACGAAAGUCAAGUCAGACAUUCUGUGUGCAGAAUGUAACAGAAAUCAGCUGCUGAAAAUCAGCCAGUUGGCAAAUUUUGAGCCAAGAAUUGAGGCUAAUUAUGACCACGAGAUUGAGCUGUUUAGGCACAACUUAGAGCAUAUAUACAGAUUAUGCCCUGACUGUGAGCAUCUUGCAACUCGUCGGAUUGAACGCCAGGACCGGCGGCUUGAACAAAAAUACGGCAUCCAGCAUCCACAGUCCCCCUCGUCCUCUCACAAUGUUUCAACGAUAUCGAAUAGAUCAUCUAGGUCAAAUUGUUCGGAUCAUCACCUUCUCUGCCACCUGAGGGCGCCGUUUCACAUACGACUGUUGCGGUUCCUGACCCUGCUCUGCGCCGCUAUUUUAUUCACCGUCAAUCUCCACAGGCUGCAGACCGAUGCCAAACUUGCCUUCGUCAGGUUUCCCAAGAAAUCCAUCCAUUAUAUUGAACUCGUUUACAGAUCUGCCUCACCCCUGUUAGUGUUUGGACCACUGACAGCCCUGGCUGCAAUGUUUCUGCACGGUCCUAAUAGGAUGGUCUCCGCGGAUAUCCUACAUCUCACGUUCUGGAUGAUCCUCUGUCCGCUGCAGACGAACCUGAUUCCGUUUAAACGGGAGGACAACUACCUUCUGCGGACGCUCUGUGCCUUCUUCAUGCUGGUUCUGGCCGGCUGGUGUUGGUUGUGUGGGCGAUCGAACGUUCGACAGAGCCCGAUAAGGAUAGUCAAGAAAAGAUUACGAGACUCACCAGCUUCCUCAGUUAUGACAAACUCAAACUCAAGAACUAACAGUCCAAACACGUCUCAAAAUGGCGACGGGCAAAUUAGGACAGGCAGAGACUUUAUAAACCUCGGCUCCAUGAGCAAAGUGCGUAGACCUGACGAUGGGCCGCUGAACAAACUGGGGACCAUGUCACUUGGGCCGCCGUCACAUGGGAAGAAGAAAGCCUCGUCAGUUUUCAACUCGAGCAGCCAGGUGACGUCGACGUCCAACCCUCUGAUGUCCAGCCUGUUCAGACACGCCCAGAAGCGACCGCUGAUCAGUCCGGCUCGUUUCAAAGGUGCCCCAUCGCAGCCGAGUCUACUGAAAGCAUCAUCGUGGCCGCCGAAGAUACUCCCCCAGAGGCAGCCCACUUGGGUUGAUUCCAAUUCUUCUAUCCACCCGAAUGAGUCCGUGUCUCAAUGCGGCGAUCGUCACAGUGACGAGAGCAACAGUUCAAAUUCCUCGUCAUCCGUGUGUCCGGUCGGCACGACGACCAACUGUCAGUAUGCAGAGGAGGAUCUGGAUAAAAGUGGACCCGGCACCAAAUCUUUUAUCGUGAAGGAGUAUGUCUUUGCCUUCAGUCUGGCAGCAAAUAUUCUUAUUGGGACGUUCAUGUUUCUGAAUUGGAAUGUGUUAAAAAGUUAUUUUGCUGUUGAAUAGCACUUCUUUUAGUUAUUUUGUGCCUUGGUCUUGGCCUCUUACUCAUUGUGGACUUCGAAAAGAUCCUGCUUGGCCUUUAGGUGAAGACCGAUAAAAAAAAAAAGUUCAAAGAAAUGCGACCAGUAGUUUGCCCUCCAGGACCCCAAACGAUGUGAAUAUCACAUUUACGAAUGGACUGUACAGUGGAACCUUCCUUAGCGGACACCACUCUAUUAAGGACAACCUCUCUAUUAAGGACACUAGUUUUGGUCCCAAAUCGGUUGUUUCAUUCAGUUUGACCUCUAUUAUCAGGACACCUCUCUAUUAAAGACAGCACUUCUCAGUCCCAAGGGUGUCCUAAAUAGAGAGGUUCUACUGUAAUUUGAUCAGUUAUCACCAGAGUGGCAUCCUCAGUUAACUCUUUCGGUCUCAUGGUACAUUGAGUGGGUUUGUGUAUAAAUAUUCAACUGUAAAUUCCACAUUUGUGGCCUUUUAAAAAACGCACCGACCAGGACUUGAAAUCCAUGGCAUUUAAAUCUGUGAUAAUUUUAGCAUUUUCACCUGACAUUUUACGAGUUGGAAAGUUGUGUUCUAAUCUGGUCACCAAAUCAUGUUUAAGUGAUGAUUAACAAAGGGAACGAGUUUAAAAUUCCCGUUAACGGCCCAAAAAAGGUCAUUGGUCAACUAAAGAAGUGCCUCUGUUCAAUGGAUUUAUAGUUGAAUGUGAUCAAACUACGUCAUUUUUGAUCGGGGAUUGUAAAUUUUAAUCAACAAAGGCUCUCAGGUGGAAUCUACAGGAUGGGUGAACCACAUGUUGCAUCCACACCGGGCUGUGAGAAAAUCUUUGAUUGGAUAAAUUUCAUAUUGCCUACCUAUCAUGGCCAUGUUGUUCACAACAAGUUAUGUCGAUAAUGGGAUAACUUGGGCGUGUGAUUUACCUGGCCAGGAGGAUAAUGUGCCAACUGGCCACCAUGCACCGCCACUUGUAGUAUCACACCAAUGCUGAUCUCUGAUAACGAUGUUCACCAGUGUUGGAGGGCAGUUUGGGGGUCUGCCUUGCGAAUUUCAGGCAGGCCUAAUGUUACACCCCGUUCUAGUGCAUGGUUUAUUGCAAUUUAAAGAGUUUUCAUUGAUCUUAUUUGGAGAAGUUGCGGUCCUACUGGAGGCCGUUUUUCCAUAAAAAAACAACUUAUCUUGCCAGAGUUGGCCCUUUAUAACGCAACCUGUCUAUAUCUCCUUCAGUUUACCCUUUAGAACUCCAGCGUUUUAAUUAUUUUUCCAUCAGCUCCUCCAGAAAAAUGCCUGAAAAUUCUUUAAAAUGAGCCAUUUCAACAUGAAAUAAUCAUUUGUAGUAUUACUGGUCAGUAAACGGAUGACUCAAUGACUGUUCAGGAGUUCGGCUCGGAAAAGAGGAAUUAGCAUAGACGGCAGCCUUCUCAUUGAAAAUGUGCUGAAUUGACCUUUGUGUGUAUGCAAAAUGUGGACAAUCACAUCAUAAAAAAACAUGUGACAUUUACUUUUGAUCACUUGUGUACUGUUGUUAUGUUGUUUUACUUGAG